UCGCCAGUCGUUCCGAAACGUUAUGAGAGAGUGUUCUGUUGGCGCGCUAUCCGAGGAACACACGUGAACAACUGUCAAAUUAUCCAAAACAUAACCUCUACGAUGUAAAUACCUGUCGUGACAACCCAUUGUCGUCGACACCGAUUAUUGGACUGUUCAUCCCCUUUUUCUGUUUUGUUGCUUUGUUAGUGUCCAGUGCUUUUGUGUUCUUUUUGUGCUUUUACAUAUAUCUUUUUACCAUGUCCGUGCCAUGUGACUUUCGGCUUUAACUGACGCUUUCGGGGAAUUACCGACGAUGUCCAGGCGAAAGCAGAGCAACCCCAAGCCGCUAAAAAGUGAUCCUCACGAGAAGCUGCCUCUGGAUUUCCGCAAUGAGACCGAGUUACGGAAAGGGGAGGAAGAAUGGGUGAACAACACAGAUGAAAACAGUACUGCCACUACCAACUCGACGGAUAAACCUUCUUCCGCCACACCUCCGGCCAAAAGCAAGACUCCCGAUAGAUCAGACGACGACGAUUCGAAGAAUACCACGAUCAAAACCGAAGCUGACUCAUCGCCGCCUCGUAUUAGACUCAAAGCCAACCUAGCCACAGAUCCAGCACUUCAGUCGCAGCACAUCACCAUCCCUAGCCUAAAAACCGAAAUCGAAACGAGUCAGUCGCCCAGCGAAUAUCUAGCGGCGUUGCCAUCCGCCAUUCAAAACGCACUAGCUUCCAGAGGUUUCUUUUUACCUAAUCUAUCCGAAGCACGGACGGUCGAAACUGCCGAAGUCGCCAGGCAACCCAGCGUUCCUCUUUUCAUAUGUCCGCCUUGUGGCAUCCGCUUUUCUUCGUUGAGCACUCUGGAAGCGCAUCAAACGUAUUAUUGUUCUCAUAGAGCUAACAAACCUGUCGACGAGGAUGCCAAAUCAGUCACCGGUGUCGAAGCGAGCGGUAGUCAAUCAGACCAAGAUCCGUCGGAACCAUCAGUAAAGAACAUCCGCACCGGCAAACAAUACACCUGUACUCACUGUACUUACAGUGCAGAUAAAAAAGUCAGUCUCAACAGACACAUGAGGAUGCAUACUGUAUCGCCUAGUCCCGUCAAUGUGGCCACCACAACCAUUCCUAAUGGAGAUGCGUCCAAUGAUAAUCAGGAUCGUUACUGUGCCGAAUGCGACAUACGCUUCAGCUCCCAGAAAACAUAUAGGGCUCACAAAAUGCACUACUGCAAUUCUAGGCACGUAGUGAAGUCGUCUGCGAACGCCCCUUCGAAAACUACGUCGAGUUGUACGUCGGGAUCUUCACCGACGUCACCAGUAGAUACGACAUGUCGGACUCCUCCGUCUCCAAGUACCCAGAUUCCACCACAGCAACCCUUCUUAGCGUUACCAACAAAUCCGAUCAUUAUUGUGCCAUACUCCUUGUUUCGUAGUGCCAGCGUUCUACCGGGUCUACUUCCAUCAGCGGGCCUUCCAAAUCCUGAUACACCCUGCUUUCUCUUACCUAAUGGAACUCUGCAACCGAUGACCCAAGCUUUCAAUCACAAUCCCACGCCGCAGCCGCCUGAAGUUCUGAAAGCUGUUAACAAGCCCAAAGAGAAUUCAAUCAACAAGGAAGUUUCAGCGGCACCUCUAGAUCUUAGCAUAAGGAAAUCGCCAGAAUUAAAAAACUUGGUUAUAGAUUUGGGAGACGACCAAGAGAAGGAAAAUCUAAAACACAGGUCGCCGACACCUGAGAAAAUUGAAUGCGUGCCAUCCAUACACGGGUCACCCCCUUCGACUCCAGUCUCACAGAUAGGUGCUUCUCCGGUUUUGAGCGUUUCACCAAAACGCAAACACGAACAUGAAACAUCCAGGAGCAAUAGUCCGCGACUGUCACGAUCAACUCCGAAGUCCAAUUCCACGAACGAACGUUCAAGAACUAGUCCCGAAGCCAAUCCAACCUUAUUCGACAUUCCACCAGUACUUCAUCCUCUUUUGAUGCGAGCUGGUCCUCUAUCCCUCUUUUCAGAUGUCCAGAUGCGACUAGCCGACCUUCCGAGUUUACCUCCAGUAGCUCCUCAGGUUCUGGUGAAACAAGGGGUUUCCAAGUGUAAAGAGUGUAACAUAGUAUUUUGCAAACAUGAGAACUACGUCAUUCACAAGAAACAUUACUGCUCAGCAAGAAGCCAGGAAGAUGAUGGAUCAAAAACCUCGGGAAGUCCGCCUAUAAGUCCCAGAAGCGCUGGUACCACGAGCCCUGCGGGACAGUACCAGCAACUAAUUUGUUUAGCUUGUGGAAUCAAGUUCACAUCUCUUGACAAUCUAAACGCACAUCAAGCGUACUAUUGUUUGAAACGUGGAGAGUUGGAGGUCAGGAGAUGUGGCAAAUGUAGAGGUGUAGCCGAACCAGGUCAUCAGUGUAUACCUGCUGGUACUUUGUCUGGAUGGAAGUGCCCGUGUUGUGACGUGGUGAGUCCGACUGCUAGUGCUGCUCAGCGCCAUAUGGAAUCGCAUACUGGUGUCAAGGCGUACAGGUGCACAAUAUGCAGAUACAAGGGUAAUACGUUGAGAGGAAUGCGUACUCACAUCAGAAUGCAUUUCGACAAGAGGUCUCCAGAUUUGCAGGAGGAGAAGUACAUCACUUACAUCUUGGAAGACGACGGUGCGAAUGUAAUGGAAGUAAACGUGUCUCCGGCGGCCGCUGCCCCCGGCGUGAUCGACGAUCGGGCGGCAUCUCCAAGCUCGGAAAACCGUGUAGAGCCAUUGCACCAUUGCACCCAAUGCAUGUAUAGUUCCCCCUACAAAGCGAACGUCCUCCGACACGCGAAAAUCGCCCACAGUCCUCGCGAGAAUGAAGAAGUCACAGUCAACGGUUCCUCUGACAAAGCCACUACCCGAUCAAUGCCCUCGCUAGAUGACGACGACAUCAUCAUCAAGAAGGAAGCCAUAGAACCAGAAGUGAUCAUAGCACCCAUAGAAGAUUCGCCGAAGGAGAAGAUUGCGGAGGAAAUUGCGAAGAAAAAAGAGCAGGAAGAAGAAAUUCUACAGGAAGCUUCAAAGGCCGGGCCGAAGUACUGCAAAUCUUGUGAUAUAUCCUUUAAUUACUAUUCGACGUUUAUCGCGCAUAAAAAAUUCUACUGUUCGAGUCACGCCGGCGAAAUUACCGCCGCCUCGACGAAUAAUAACAACAAUUCCACAAGAGCAGCAGAAACUUCGGUAUUGUAAGCAUCCGAUCUAGUGUUAUAGUGACAGAAACAAGUGAUUCUUAAGUGUUGAAAUCUGGGCCAGUCCUCUGUAUACGCGUACUUGUUAUCAUGUAUCUUGUAGAUUUUCGCAAAGCGACACAUAAUCGCAAUACGUUAAUAUAACUGAGUGUAAAAAUUGAUAAGUUUUUAAGCUUUGUUUUGUAUAAAGUAAAGAUUUAUGGAUAUUUUUUAUAGGUUUAAGUUGUAUCAUAUGAAAUAACAUAAUGUUAUGCCAAAGCUGUAGUGUAUGAUUUUCCUUGUCGAAAUUUUUGUAGGGACAUACAUAAGCGUAAGCCUCUUUUAUUCAUAUCGUUUAAGGGACUAUGUCUGAGUUGCAAUGGAAAUAGAUAAUGUACAAGUGAAUUCAUGUUAUAUAAUUAUAUAGUUGUUUGGUGUUUAAAACACCCACUGAAGGUUAUAUAAAUAUACAGUGAUUACCCUUCUUGGAGACAAUAAAUUAUUUAUUUGUAGAA